GUUGAUUGGCCGUUACCCCGAAGCCCCUCCCCCCUCUCGCGGACACGUAUUGUUGUCUCGCCGAUGAUAAUAAAAGAUGGCGGCCGGACCCGCGUAAAUUGGAGCCCCUUAAUAGAGGUCCAGCCUUAUGACACAUAAACAGAGGAGGAUUCAUGGCUUUUGAGGAGAUCAAGAGCAAAGGAGGAAUGGAUGCGGGGAUGGAAGGAGACAGAGGCCUCGUAGCCGGCCGAAGCCAGAGAGAGAAGAGGAGGUCAUACAAGGACCUGCUGAGGGAAGAAGAGGAGAUCGCUGCUCAGGUCCGAAAGUCUUCCAAGAAACGCUCCAAGGAUUCAGAACUUUUCAUGCUUGGAGGAGACUCUCACAAAAAGAAGAAGAAACACAGUGACGACUACUAUUACAGAGACCACGAUGGUUCAGGUCCACCUCCACACAAGAAGAAGCACAAGUCUGCAGACCGCUCCCCUCCUCUCUCCUCGCCCUCGUCCUCCAACCAGACAGACACAGCGAUGGGCCUCCUUCAGGCCAUCACCUCCCCGCUGGCCACGGGCUCGGACCCCAGCCCUCAUCUGCACAAGAAACCGUCGUACCCCUCCUUCUCCUCGCACUCCUCCAAGGCCCGCAAGCGCGAGAGCGGCAACGGCAGUGGAAGCAAAGGAAGCCACUCCUUCUCUCACUCCCGACCCAUGUCUUCGUCGUCGUCGUCCUCAAAGAAGCACUCCUCCUCGUCCUCGAAGUCGUCUCUGUUCCAUGGCGGGGCUCCCAAAGAGGAGCCGCUGACGUUACGCGAGGCGGACGGGCUGAAGAUGAAGCUCAUCAUGUCGCCGGAGAGAGAGGAAGGAGAGAGUUUCCCGCACACGCCUCACUCAUCCAAAGGAGGCGUGAAGAAAGAGAAAGACCGAGACAGGAUGCAGCUCUCGAAGACGGCGAAGAAGAAGGUGCAGCAGAGUCGAGAUCCUCUACCUGUGGUGGGGAAAGAGGUGGAGGUGGAAGGUCAUUAUGGAGGCGGCAUGGGAGACGACAGCUCUUCGUCUGGAGCUGAACUGGAGGCCGGCGAGCUGGUUAUAGACGACUCGUACACACAUCUGUCGAAGAAGAAGAAGAAGAGCAAAAAGAGCAAGAAGAAGAAGGACAAAGAGAAAGACAGAGACAAGGAGAAGAGCGGGAAGGACAAGAAGCACAGCAAAGGAUUCGGAGACUCAUCGAGGGGCCACAGCCACUCCCAUCCCACCGUCACUCACAGCGCCGUCGGCCCGAUGUACGCCAUGGGCACGCCCGUCCCUCCACACCAUCACCAAGGCAACGACGGGGUGACGGAGACGACGACGACGACGACGACGACGAAGAAGAAGAAGAAAGAGGAGAAAGAUCGGGAGAAGCACGAGAAGGAGAAGGAGAAGCCCAAGAAGAAGAACACAACAGCCUAUCAGGUGUUCUGUAAAGAGUACAGGGUGAACAUCAACGCAGAGCAGCCUGGACUGGUGUUCGGCGAGCUGAGCAAGAAGCUGGCAGAGGUUUGGAAGGCGAUGCCCGAGAAAGACAAACUAGUCUGGAGGCAGAAAGCUCAGUACCUGCAGCACAAACAGAACAAAGCCGAGGCGACCACCGUCAAACACAAGAGCGCACCCGAGAGCAAAAGCAAAGUCGUAGGGACGGGAACAGGGAUGGUGUCACCGACCAGAGCGCCCGGCACCGUGUCUUUAUCUCCAGCACGAGUCCCGGACGUCGACCCCAUCGACGCAGCAGCUCACCUGCAGCUACUCGGAGAGUCCCUGUCUCUGAUCGGGCACCGGCUACAGGAAACAGAGGGGAUGGUGGCGGUGUCCGGCAGUCUGUCUGUCCUCCUGGACUCCAUCCUGUGUGCGCUCGGACCGCUGACCUGCCUCACAGCACAGAUACCACAGCUAAACGGAUGUCCUCGAAACGUCCUGUCGAACACGUUGGACAACAUCGCCUACAUCAUGCCCGGGCUAUGAGCGACGGCGUGGAGCCGUUAGUCGUUUUAAAGGACUUUAAUUUAAGCCACUGAAAACUUGGAUAUUUCUAGUGUCAACAUGUUUUUAAAGUAUUUUUUUAAAGACUUUGUUCUCUUAAUUUUCUAAUUGUUAUAUUUUUAAAUGAAGCAUUUUACUGAACACGUUAAUCUCUCUCUCUCUUUCAGCAUGUCAGCUUAGUUUUAUUGUUACUGUACAGUGUGAUGUCGUAUGAAUGAGUGUACGCUUGAAUGAGACUGUUUGAUUUUUGUUUUUUACUGAGGUGUACAGGAGGAACAUUUAGGUCUACUGGUCAUCAUCCACAUAAUGUAAUAUAUUUGACGCCUGCUUAGUUUUUAUUUAAAAAAAAAAAGUGCCGUCAUGCCUCUCGCUGUUUUUAUACGUUUGAUAUUUUACCAUUUAGAUUUCGACUGUACUGUAGGAGGAAAGUGAUCGAUCGCUGUUGUGAUCGGGAGCUCUUCAAACAAACAAACAAACUCACUGUCAGACGUUUAUUGAAAAUGGCAACAUUAAAAUAUAAAAUGUUCCC